AUGAUGAAUUUGCGGAUGUUGGCGGAGAGUCGGGUGAGGUUGGGGUUGGAGCCCGGGGUGGAGGUGGUCCGGUUUUGCGUGGUGCCUAGGUUGGAGUGGGUGUAUGUGGUGACGAGUGACGAGAGGUUGUUGGUGUUCGAGGCUAGGGGAGGGAAGGAGGUGAAGGGGGCGAGGAGGGGGCGGCUGCCGAGCGGGAGCGGGGCGGUGUCGUUGUCGUACACACCUGAGAGUGACAGUGUGUGGAUGUGCCUGGAUUCCGGGGAGGUGUUUGAGUUUGACGUGGGGGCGGAGGAGGGGGAGGAGGAGGGGCCGGUGGGGGUGGUGAAGGAUGGGAUUGAGUCGGUGGGGUGGUGUGGGGACGAGGAGUACGCGUUGUACGUGACGAAGGGCGGUCACGUGUUGAUGAUGACGCAGGAGUUGGAGGUGGUGAUGGAGAAGACGGACGUGGGGAGGGGGGGUGAGGUGGCGUGGAGAGGCGACGGGCGGUAUUUUGCGGUGUCUAGACGCAGGGAUGGGGGGGACGGGUACGAGUUGGUGAUAUGGGACAGGAUGGGAAACGAGGUGGGGAGGAGUGAGGCGCUGAAGGAUGGAUGUCAGUCGAGGUGCGUUGCGUGGAGUCCGAAUGGCGAAGUGCUGGUGUCUGUGGACGAGGUGGAGAGGGCGGUGGUGUUGUUUGAGAAGAACGGGUUGAGGAAUGGGAAGUUUAGGUUGAGAGGAGGGGGUGAGGUGGAGCAGAUGAGGUGGAGCAGAGGAGGCGACACGUUGGGGUUGUUGAUACGUGAAGGGGGCGAGAGGAGGUUGGAGUUGUGGAGUAGGAAGAAUUAUCAUUGGUACUUGAAGUACGAGUUGAGGUAUGAGGGGAGGGUGAUGAUGGAGUGGGGGAGAGACGGGCGGAUGGAUUUGUUGGUGAUGACGUCGACGGGUGAGUUGAUGGAGUACAGAUUUGAAUGGGUGGUGGACAGAGAUGAAAGGGGGAUGGAGGUGGGUGUGGUGGAUGGGAGCAAGGUGUUGACGACGUCGUUUGAGCGAGCUUGCAUACCGCCGCCGAUGAGUGAGAGCGAGGUGGAGUUGGGUGGUGGUGGAGUGGCGGGUGUGGGAUACGAGAAGAAGUGGGAGAAGGCGGUGGAGGGUUUGAACGGGAGGUGGAUGAGGCAGUUGGUGGUGGUGGAUAGAGAGGAAGCGUGGGCGGUUGUGAGUGAUGGGAGAGAGGAGGCGUUGGCGAGGUUGAAGUUGGGGGGGUGCAGAGUGGUGGUGGAGGCGGAGAGAGCGCUGAGCGGUCGUCGGGUGAAGAGACUGAGCAUGGUAGUGGGGAGCGGGGGCGAAAUAGUGUGCGAAUAUGAGGACGGAGAGGUGAAGGAAUUGACAGGUGCGUGGAGCCGGAAGUUGCCGGAAUGCUGCGAAUGGAUAGAAGGGAUCGUGACGGAGGAGGGGGGGAGGCUGGUGGUGGGUUUGUCGAGUGAGGGAAGGCUGUAUGCGGGCGAGAAGUUGGUAUCGCAGAGUUGUACGUCGUUCGGACUGGGAGAAGGAAAUUUAGUGUACACGACGUACGAGAGGUUGUUUGUGGUGAGAGUGGGCGAGCGGUGGGGGAGGGACGGGUUUGAAGCGUCGAAUAUUGCGGCGGAGAGGCUGAGGAGCGGAAGGGAGGUAGAGAAGGGUUCGACAUUGGUGGCGAUAGACCGGUACGGGUCGAGGGUGGUACUGCAGACGGAGAGAGGGAACUUGGAGCAGUUGGAGCCCAGAGAGCUGGUCAUGGGCGUGGUGGACGGUCUUCUAGCGGACUGCCAGUACGGGAAGGCGUUGGAGGUGAUGAACCGCCAGAGGGUGGAUUUGAAUUAUGUGUACGAGUAUGACAGCGCGAAGUUUAUGGAGCACGUACGAGAUUUUUUAGAGCAGGCAAAGGGCGGGGGAAAGCUGGAGAUGUGGAUGGGCACGUUGAACAGCGCAGGGUGUGGUGGGGACCUGGACGCGCCCGAAGCCGAAGCGAGCUGGGAAUCGCAGAAGCUAAGCAGGAGGGUAGAGGUGGUCGAGAGACCGGUGAAUCGCGUGUGUAGGCGUUUACGGGAGGAGAUGGUCAAGUUGGGGAGAAGGGAAUAUUUGUGCGCGAUCAUGUUGAGUUGGGUGAAGCAGGAUCCUGCGAACGUCGAGGAGGCGUUGAGGGUGGUGAUCGAGGAGGAAGAGGGUCGAGAAGAGCGGUUGGAACAUUUGAGUUACUUUGUUGACAGACAGGUUUUGUAUGAGCACGCGCUGGGCACGUACGACAUAGGCCUAGCGCGCUGGGCGGCGGGCCACACACAGAUGGAUCCCAAGGAAUACAAGCUGGAAUUGAGUCGCUUGGAGUCGCACGCGAAUCCGGUCUAUCGCGAAUACUGUAUCGACCGCCGUCUAGGACGCUGGCCAGCUGCGUUGGAAAAGCUGGGAUCUCUCGGCUCUGACUACGAGGACGAGUGGCUGGAACUGGUUCGCGAGCAACAGCUCUAUCUGCAGGCCAUUUCGAGCACGCACGCCAGCGACCGUGCUAGAAAGUGUGUGUGGAAAAUGUAUGGCGACCAUUUGGUACAAAAAAAGAACUUCAGAGAAGCCUCGCUUGCUUAUUGGCGCGCCUGUCAGUGGUCUGACGCAUUGGAACAUGCUGUUUCCGAGGGCGAUUGGCGAUCUGCGCUUUCCAUCGCUCACGAGGGCAAGCUCUUUCCUUCUUCGCACGACUUUCAGCGCUUUAUUUCUGAUAUGGCCGAAUCUUGUCGUCGUCGAUUCCAAUAUGCCGACGCCGCCCAUUUGUGGACGCAUUACGCUAUGCAGCCUCUGAAGGCUUUUCCUUUGCUCUUAGAAGGACAUCUGUGGCAAGACGCAAUCCUUCUGUGCCUUCAGUAUCCAUCUCUUUUCCCUGACUCGAUCUCUUCCCAGCUGGUCCCUUCUCUUCUUCGCACGCACUCCGUCUUAUUAGAAGAAGCUUCCAGCCAUAUCAAAGAGCUCAUCCAACGUCACGAUGCACUCCUCAGCCUUCGCUUUCGUAAAUCCCAAAGGCUUCACUCUGACUUGGAUUCUAUCUCUUCAUACAGUACGACGACUUCCCGCUCGACCGCUUCCCGUUCGACCGCUUCCUAUUCGACUGGCACAAGAUCGACCUCCACCCGUCACAAAAAACCGUCCAGCAGACCCGGAUCCUCCACCGAAGAAGAAUACCUCCUCUACCGUAUCCCCCAACUCCUCUUUACCCCUCAGCUACAAGCGAGAUCCUAUUCCCUUCUAUCCGCUCUGUCUCACUUCGAUCUACUCCCACAAGCCUUAGCUUUGUCUGAAAAGCUCAAGUCCUGGCUAGAAUUGUCUCAGUUCGCCAUCCCCCUCAUCGACACACCCAGUCCCCCUUUGCAGGCGUCCGCGCCCCUCGACUCGCGCGUGACGCUACCGGUCUCACACUGGCUCCCACCACUCUUCCAAAGCACAUAA